AUGAAGUACCUACUGGUGUCAGGGGGUGUGAUUUCGGGUGUGGGCAAGGGAAUCAUUGCCUCCUCUGCAGGUCUGCUGCUCAAGACUAUGGGACUAAAGGUAUCCAGCAUUAAAAUCGACCCAUACAUCAAUGUUGAUGCUGGAACGAUGAAUCCCCGAGAGCACGGCGAGGUGUAUGUGCUGGACGAUGGCGGUGAGGUGGAUCUGGACCUGGGCAAUUACGAGCGAUAUCUCAACAUCACGCUGACGCGUGAGAACAACAUCACGCUCGGCAAGAUAUUCUCCAAGGUCAUUGAGCAGGAGAGAAGAGGUGAUUACCUUGGCAAAACCGUGCAAGUUGUGCCGCACGUGACAGGCUGUAUCGAGGAGUGGAUCGUGCGAGUUGCGAAGCUGCCUGUGGACGAUACGAAGGAGGAGCCGGACGUCUGCAUUAUUGAGUUGGGAGGCACGAUCGGAGAUAUCGAGGGCAUGCCCUUUGUCGAGGCCUUGACAGAGCUACGACGGAAUUGCAGGAGAGAGGACUUCAUGCAGAUCCACGUCUCCUACAUUCCAGUCGUGCAUGGCGAGCAGAAGACCAAGCCAACGCAGAUGGCUAUCAAAUCAGUCAGGAGUGCGGGUCUGAUCCCUGACCUUAUAGCUUGUCGGUGCGAGCAUCCUUUGGAGAAAGCAACGACGGACAAGAUUGCAAGGUUCUGCCAAGUAUCGAAUGAGCAUGUGCUGGCUGUUCGAGAUAUGCCUUCAACGUACCAGGUACCAAUUCUUCUGUCCGAGCAGAACCUGGUGCCUCUCAUGACCAGCACGCUGCAGCUGAAGGAGGUGACGAUCGCGCCAGCUCUUCAGGAGAAGGGCAUGCAUAUCUGGAAUACUUGGCGAGAUUUGACCAUGGGUCUGCAGAAUCUACACGAAGUGGUCGAAAUCGCACUGGUCGGCAAGUACCUCGAGCAGCCCGACUCCUAUUUGUCUGUCACGAAGUCGCUUCAGCACGCCGCGAUGCGAUGUAAGCGAAAGCUCGUCAUCAAAUACGUCGAUGCUGAGCAUCUGGAGAAAUCCGCCAAUAAAACUGACCCAGCGACGUUCUUCAAAGCAUGGCAUGAUGUGUCCACUGCGUCCGGGAUUCUAGUACCUGGUGGGUUCGGCGGCCGUGGGACAGAAGGCAUGAUCGGGGCCGCGAACUGGGCGCGUGAGAACAAGAAGCCAUAUCUAGGCAUCUGUCUCGGCAUGCAAAUCGCUGUCAUCGAGUUUGCUCGCACAAUGUGCAACAUUCCAACACCUCAGGCAUCUUCGUUCGAGUUUGACGAUGCAGAUGAAGAUCGGGUCAUCAUCAGUAUGCCAGAGCAUCAUCCAGGCGUGCUAGGUGGCACGAUGCGUCUUGGUCGUCGCCCUACCCUCUGGCAGCCGAACACCGAAUGGUCGAAGCUGCGAGCUCUAUAUGGCCUGCAGAACGAGAGCAUCGACGAACGACAUCGUCACCGUUAUGAGGUCAACCCGAAAUAUAUUGAUCAGCUGCAAGAUCAAGGUUUGACAUUCAUCGGCAAGGAUGAGACGGGCGUGAGGAUGGAAGUCAUUGAAUUGAAAGAUCAUCCCUGGUUCGUGGGUGUGCAAUUCCAUCCUGAAUAUCUCUCCCGGGUGUUGGAACCGAGCAAGCCGUACUUGGGAUUCAUCGCUGCAGCGGCCGGUCUGCUGGGGAAGAUCACGAAGAACGAGGCCAUUGUUCCACAAGUUAAUGGAGUCGUAUGA